GAUAGUCUUGUCCAGCCUACACUUCCUACAGAAUUAAGUCCACGUUCCCUGAAAGAUCAGUUUUUAUCACGUCUCAUUUUUCAAGUUACUCGCCACAUGCGACCUGAUUGUCACUUUUUUGGCGUCCAAAUAUUUAACACACAACAAUUCAGAGUCGGCUAAAAUCUGUAUAUAGCUGCCUAUCCAGUUACGGCAUCUUAAAAAUUUGCACGUUUUUCCUUAUAAAAUCAACAACUUGCCGAAUCAUGAAUCAUGAUCUUCACAGCAUAUCAAGCUCUAAGUAUCUCGCGAGCAUAACAUUUCUAUUUCUAUCCUUCUUAUGAGGAACAGAGAUACAUGUACAUAAAUAAAUAGAUGAGUCACAUGCACAACUACUAAGUACACAACAAGAACUUUAGAUAACAAUUUCAUUCGUUUUUGUAAAUGCAAAAAAACAUUUUCUGGGUGAAUUUACAGGAAAAAUAGUUUAAAAUUACAAAACGCAAUCUUAUUCAUGUACAUAUCCAAUCAUGUUCAACUAGUCUUUAUUUGUGCAUCAUAAUCUAAACAGUUAUUUGAGUAGCUCAGACACAGAUCAAAGUUUGGGUCGUGAAAAAUAAAAGCUAAAAGUUCAGUUUACAUAAGUUAAAGAGUCAGAAUAAUAAUUAUUGUUAUGGAACAAGCUCAUGAAACUUUUCAUCUAACCCGUUCAGUUCAGCAUGAGUCAUCAAGUCCUAGAGUUAUUAAUAAUAUUUGCACUGCAAAAUGUGAUCCAAGUUCUAACCAUGUCAAUGCAAAUCGUACAAGCCUUCCCAAACAAUACAAGAAAAAUGUUCACCUAUGGAUUGUUGCUUUUCUCAUUAUCCUCAUCGUGAUGAUACUUGGGAUUCGAAUAAUCUACAUCACGUCUAAUUCCUUAGUCAAUGUGAAUUUAUGCCAAAGUAUCGAAUGUGUCAAUGUGAUGCGACAAAUAAAAUCUUCCAUACACGAACAUAUAGAUCCUUGUGACGAUUUUUAUCAGUUUGCAUGUCAAGGAUGGAUAUUAGAUUAUGCCAGUAAAUUGGAAGAACAAGGUGAAAACGCUACUGAUACGAUUGAUGAGAUUGGUGAGGCCAACAAAUUGCUGCUGAAUGACUUAAUUGAUGGGAUUGAUCAUCAUAACUCAUCGGGGAAUAGCGUCGAGAUAAAAGCAAAACUGCUCUACCUGUCGUGUCUCAAUAAGAACGGAACACUGUCAGAUAAUUUAGAGAGUUUACAAUAUUUGUUGAUGGGGGCUGAUAAUGCAACAACAGAUUCAUCCGAAUCGUCGUUGGUCGACACGGAGUCGGAGUACGAGAAUGAGCUUGAUGAGCAUUAUACCACUCAAAACAGUGACGACAUGCAAGAGUCUGGGGAAGAUGAUGAUGAGGAUGAAUGGGGGCUAGCAGACUUUCUCAGUAUAGACGAAGAUUCUACCCCACUCGCCUGUAUGGAAUGCACCCUCAAGUUAUUCCCUCAAACGGUUGGAAGACUGUUUGUCCAGCAAUAUUAUCUCCAUCAAGAACCCAGUGUGAACAAGUUGUUGAGUGUAUUGCAGCUUCAAUUUGAAUCCACAAUAAAGCAAAUGCACUGGAUUGACGAAGAAUCAAAGAGAAAUAUUACGGAAAAUAUUUUCUCGAAUUUAACUAUUCUGGUUGGAUACUCGAACAUAACUAUGAACACGAGUAUGAUACGGAUGGAGGAUGAUAUCUAUGAAAAUGUUACAGUUUCCGAGCACGGAGACAAGUUCUUAUCCAAUAUGCAAUCUCUCUUAGAAGUACUAAAAUUCCACGCAGAUGAUUUUGAAGAUGAGACGACUGAUCAUAGUAAUCAUGCUGAUGAGAUGGUGGAACAAUUGAUGGCAACUACAACCACAAUGGAAAUGCAAUACCGACCCGAUCUGAAUGCUGUCAUUAUACCUGUAGGAAUUGUACAAAGGCCACUUUUUCAUCCAGGAUUUCCAAACGUGAUAAACUUUGCCAGACUGGGAAUGAUGGUGGGACAUGAGUUUGGUCAUGCUUUGAUUAGAUACAUGGAUGGAUUUACGGAUGAAACCGGAAUCAAGUAUCCCAGCCAAAUUGUAACCAAUAGAGCAACGCUGGACGGAUACAAAGAAAGAUGUCAGUGCGUCAAGGAGCAAUAUGACGGGUUCCAAGUACCACUGCCUUCACAGUUUAAUAAUGUAACAAAAAUAAUGAUUAAUGGGACUUUCACUCUUGACGAAAAUGUGGCAGAUCUCAUCGGAUUACAAAUUGCAUUCAAAGCGUUUCAAAGCGAUGAUUCUACUCCGAGCUUACUUUCUGGGUAUACUAAUGAACAGCUAUUUUUCAUAGCAAGUGCACAGAAUUGGUGCCAGUCAUUUGCAGAUGACAAUGCUGCAGUAAAUUAUCUAAAAGAUUUAGUAGAAACGGAUGAACACAGCCCAGCUCCGGCCAGAGUGUUGGGCAAACUCAGCAAUUUUAAAGAGUUUGCAAGUGCCUUCAAUUGUCCGAUGGGAUCUCGCUACAAUCCAAAAUCCAAGUGCGAUUUUCACUGAUUU